AUGUACACAGUCAAUGGUGAACAGAAGAGGAUCACCUUGACUAAAGAGAAAAAGAUAGACUACUUGAGAUCUUGGAAGUGGUGUAUCAAUCCAGCUUAUCACUGGGGAACUUCUUCUAUGCUCAGUAGAGAUUUCUACAUUUGGAUCGAAACUCCCCCGCCCAGAGAAGCCUCAUUAGAGACAUACGUAAAACAAGAAGUCGAGAAGUCAAUCCGAGAAACCCGCCUUCUGUAUCAGUCCCAACUAGACGAGGCACUAGAAGAAGUCAGUGUCUUAGAGAAAAGGCUGAAAAGAACAAAAGCAGCACCACCCCCAGAAAGGGUAGAAAGGACUAGGACGGCCCUCAAGAAGCCAGAAAACUUCUCGGGAGAUAAGAAGAAGUAUUGGGCUUUUAGAGAGUCCCUACUUCUACAUUUUGAAGACGACACCGCAUAUUUCAAAGAUGAUAGGAAAAAGAUAGACUUUGUGCUGUCUUUUAUGAAAGAAGGAGAAGCCGCAGCCUUUCAGACCAAUUGGCUAGAAAACAGAGUCGACGCCAACAGCUAG